GAGGGAAAUUAACUCUAUAUGGAGUACAAACACAAAAGUCUGGUUCAGCAGCAGCUGAGCAAGAAAAUUUUUAAUUUUUUUAAUUUUUAAUUUCCUUAAACAGAAAGACUGAUAGCAGCAAACACGAGUUGUGAGCAAGAGGAGCCGAAGGGGACACCUGCUGCUAGCUACAGCAUCGCGCCAUCCACCGUGAGGACGAGUAACGUUACUGCCCCCCGACACUUUCAGGCCAGCCUGAAACACUUUACUGCUGCAGAGCAACUGAGUUAUGCGAUAUUAAACUCUACUGAAAUGACAUAACCUCGACAUUUCCCACGCAACUCCUGUCAGUCCGCAUCUGAAGAGUGAAAACAGCACUAGAACUAAGCAAGAUGUUGUUUGUGGACAACAACUGCAUCGCUGCAAGCUUUGGGGGCUCAGCCAUGGCCAACUGCACUGACGUGGACCAACUGAUAAAAAGCUAUUACCUGCCUGUUUCCUACACCAUCAUCUUCAUCGUGGGCCUGGUGGGCAACGUAACCUCCAUCGUCAUAUACCUGACAAAGCUGCGACCCUUGAAAAGCAGCAGCAUCAUUAUGGUGAACUUGGCACUGACCGACCUCCUCUACGUUCUCAGCAUGCCCUUCCUGGUCUACUACUACAGCAACAUGGAUGUGUGGACACUCGGCGACUUCAUGUGCCGCUUGGUGCGCUUUGGGUUUCAUUUUAACCUGUACGGGAGCAUCCUCUUCCUGACGUGUCUCGCAGUUUUCCGCUAUGUGGUGGUGAUCAAGCCUUUGAGGGCUGCACAAGUGCAGCAGAAGUUUUGGGGAAUAAUUGCGUGCUCAGUCGUCUGGGUUGUUGCCGCGGCUGAAAUUACACCCAUGUUGACAAUGAUAUCCUUGGGGCCGCAUGACAAUAAUACCUCCUGCCUGGACUUUGCAAGCACCGUGCCCGUUGACAACAUUCGGGUGUAUGGCUGGCUGCUCACUGCACUCGGAUUUCUACUCCCUCUAGCGGUGGUAUUCAUGUGUUACAUUGGAAUAGUGAAGGAGUUGGCGAAAGGGCCCUACACAGCCAGUCCAUGUCGGAUGCGAGCGCGGCGUGUGACCGUGCUAAUCCUCGUAGUGUUUGUGGUGUGUUUCCUGCCAUAUCACAUAUUGCGUGUGUUGCGGAUAGAAACUCGAAAGUACCAACCGACACCAUGCAUGGUUGAGCACAUCGUGCAUGCAGCAUAUAUUAUCUCCAGGCCUCUGGCUGGAUUCAACACGUUUUUUAACUUGGCUCUGUACACUCUUUCAGGUGACAAGUUCAGGACAGCCUUCCUUAGCACUUUUUACUGGAAAUGCUGGGUGACGAAGGGCUCCUGGAUGAAAACAUUUAGGAGAACACAAAGAAAUUCGGGAGCACACUGAAAAAAGAAGAAAGACAACAAACACAGGGUUUAUUAACAACAACAUAUGUAUACUAUGUCUUUGCCUCACACUGUAGGAAUAUUAAAUGCUUAAUCACUCAGACUCGUGUCAGGAAAGCUACAUGACAGCCAUGGUUUCUUCAUUAUAGGGUGCCUACCAGAGACGAAGUUAUACCUUUUCCACAUAUAGGCUGGAAUCACAUGAGUAUUUACCUGAUUAAAAAUGCAAUAGAUUCUUUUGUUUGCAGCCAUGAAAAUAGCAGUUGAAGGGUUCAGUCUGUACUCCUGAAACACAGAAGUUAGUUUGCAUUUCUGAGCUGUGGGUCAGAUUUCCAGAAGGUUUUUGAUUGAUGCAGAAAAUAUGUUCUGUGAUUUUCAUGAAAAGUUUUACCACAUAGCCUACUGUACAUGAAACAUGUAUCUGUCAGUAGCAGUUUCACCAAUACUCGUAAGGCACGGCAUCUCAUCAGCCUCGACUGUGCUUAGUUUGUAGUAAUAAUUUGCAAAUGUUGGCAUGCUAACACGCUAAACUAAUAUUAUAUAAGCUAUAUGAGUGGUUUGCAUGCUGACACAAGCAUUUAGCUCAGAGCCCAGCUGUGUCUAAAGCUGUGUCUCAAUUCACAGCCUUUCAUACUUACACUUGCUACAUUAAGUGCCUAAGAGAAUUCACAAUGACAAGUACUA